UUUUAAUUUCAAACAGAAUUAAAAAAAAAAACUUUAAAAUACUAAUAAUAAACUUAAUUAUUUCAUGAUAAAAUGAAAGAAAAGGUGGAAAUUGAUAAGGUGUACAACCGUAAAAAGAAUGGAGUUGUACCCACUUUGUUGAAAUUCCAAAAUGGUAAACUUAGUGCUUUUACGAAAGAAAAUACACAUUUUUGCCGUUUGAGAAGUCGUCAGGAUAAGAAUGUAAUGGGUGCUUUACUGGUGGCCAAUGGUCACACCUAUCAAGGUUUGAUAGAUGAUAGCGAUGCUAGUGAAUUGACGGAUACGUACAUUUGUGUUCGUAAUAAAGUGACAAACAAGAUGACAAUUAUCCCCAUUGAUCAGGUAACCUUAAAGAAUAGCAUUUAUCAGGAUAUUGAUCAAACACAACGUGAAGCUCUCUCAGAUCAUGUACGCAAAAUGACAUUGCUAAAGAAAUUUGGUGGUCGUAAGGCCUCACGUUAUAUUAAUGAUAAGGAAAAAAUGCACAUGGAUAUAAAAAUCGUACAAGAAGAAUUGCAGAACACUGUUGAAGAAGCCGGUCUUGAAGAAAACGAGGCGGAAGAAAGUGUGGAUAACACAGCAUAUUUAGAUAAAAUAAGACCACCUAUGAAUGUAGAAGCAAAACAAGUAAGUGAUGUUUACGCAUUAGAAGAUGUGGUACCCAUGGAUCUAUUGAAUCGUUUAGACGAAGAAGCUAAGACGGUUUAUCAAACUCAAAUUGAUCAAAUACCCAUACAAUCGGAAUUUUUAAAGAAACUUAUAGAAACCAUACAACAAUCACCUGCUGAUAAAGAAGGUUUAGACCGUUUAAAAUUAAUUAUUUAUAUGGACUCUUUGUUGAAACUAAUUAAAUCACGUGUUAAAUCUUUGAAAAAGGCCAACUUAUCAGAUAUUUCCGAAAAAGUGGAAAAUAAUGUGCGUGAUCGUUUUUCCGAUCCCAAUUCUAGUUUUAGCGGUUGUCGCACAUCUUUCUCUACCGAAAAAGCUUUAUGUCACUUUAUAGUUUUAGCCUUGUUGGUCAGUGAUAACUAUAGCGUAGAUGGUGCUGUUUUGUCUCAAGAAUUGAAUGCUCCUCGUUCAAAAGUUAAUAAAUAUGCUCAUAUUGUUCAAGCUUUACCUAAGUCUAGAACCUCUAUUUUGACCCUGAGAUUGCCUAAAAGUGUACCACCAGUACCUACAAGUUUUGCUAAAAGAAAAAAGGAUUAAGUUUUCUUUUUAAAAUGUUUGGGAUGUUUAUGAAAAUGGUUGUUUAACAUAAUAAAAAAUUAUAUUAAAUAAAAGUAUUUUUUAUUAAAAUUUUA